UCGACUCGGAGCCACCCUUCCCUUCCCCUCCUCCACCGGCGAAAGCGAAAGUGGAAGCGGAGCCGCCGCCAAGGACGAACCAGCCGUCGGUCGCCGCUGGUAGCGCCGCUUCCUCGCUCGCUCGCUCGCGGUUUCCCUGUGCAUGGCGUCCGCGCCUGACCCCCUCCGGGGCGAGGGACCCCUCCUCCUCCUCCUCCUGGGAGCGGCGCUGAGUGCUUCUCUUCCUCCUAAGGGUGCCCUGGCAACAGCCAGGCUGGGCUGCUGGUUCGUGGAGGAGGCUGCAGGCGGAGGGUCGGUGAUGCCCAGCGCCCUGAGUCAGCGCCGGGCGCUGCUGCUCCUGGUGCCACCGGGUGGGCGGAUGGAAGAAGCGGCCCUGGAAGCUGAGCUGCUGCCUCCAGAGGUAGAGCCCGGCCUUGCCUUCCAGAUCCUGGACCCCUCUGGGACUCUCUGGGGCGGGCGAGACCCCGCCGGCCCUCCCCUCUGGUGGCAGGGGGCGGAGGGGGCCAGCGGCGACCCCCCAGGCUCCUCCUGCGAGAUCAACGCCUACACGCCGCAAGAGGCCCACGUCGCCUGGGCGGCAGGGCUGGUGGGCGAGAGGGGCUGCCCCCGCGCGCUGGAGAGAGGCAAGUGGCUCAUUGCCAGCGUCCAGGCGCCCCGAGGGGACUUCGGGGUCAGCAGCGUCCUGCACGCGGAGGAGGAGCAGCCGUCGCCGGGCAGAUGGGAGGCGGCGGGCGGCGGCGUCACCACGGCAGCAGCCGUCCUGUCCGUCUUCACGCGGACCCCCCGGGUUGGGUCGCGGCUGGGCCAGGCGGCGCUGCUGGACUGCGGCUUCUCGGCGCCGGCGGGGACGGCCUUCUCGGUGGAGUGGCGGCACCAGUACCGCGGCGCCGGGCGGGUGGUGCUGGCCUACGAGGGCGCGGCCCGGCGCGUCUGGGUGGCCGAGGAAGGCGCGGGGCUCUUCGUGGACACGGAGGGCGGCGGCGGCAACGUCUCGCUGCGCCUGGAGAGCGUGGCCGUCCGCCACGAGGGCACCUACAUCUGCACAGUCUACCUGCCCCACCUGCACGCCCAGCAGGCCCUCGAGCUGAAGGUGGUGGAGCCACCCAAGGUGACUCUCCGCCCGAACCCACUCUCUGUGCCCCCGAGCGCCCACGCUGAGCUGGCCUGUGAGAUCUCCGGCUUUUACCCUCUGGGUGUGUCUGUGAACUGGAAGCGGCAAAGCACCGGCUCCCCCCAGGAUGCCAUUGUGGAGACCACCUGGGAUUCAGGGCACCGGCAGUCCCCAGAUGGCACGUUCAGCUUCACCAGCUUCACCCGCCUGGUGGCCGUCCAGCCCGAAGACCACGGCGCCUCCUACAGCUGCCACGUGGCUCAUGUCGGGCUGGGAGAUGCCACUUUGAAGAAGACUGUGAGGCUCCGCGUGGCAGGGUCACUCGGUCCCUCCGCAGAGGAUGCGAUCUGCAUGUUCCUCAUCGCCAUCGCCCUGUUUGGGAUCCUUCAGGCCUUGUUUGGACGUGCCUUGGAAGAGAAACCCAAAUCUGAGAAACUGGAGUGACUCUGGAGCAGCUGAGUCCAUUUUGGGCCUGGCUUCGGAUCCCUGUGACAGUGGGGCAAGGCUGAAAACUGAGUUCAAGCUACAGAACUCCUGGGUCCCUCUGUUGUUGUCUCCACCACCCCCCCAACUUCUGCCACGAAUCUCCCAGUGUGACUUGUUACGAUAUGUGCUCUUGGGAACCUGAGUGUGUGAAUUGGCCACCCUCAUGUCCCAUGAAACACACCUCCUUGAGAGGAGGGGAUCUUUUGCUAGGGAUAAAACAAGUGCUUUGCCCUGAAA